CAGGGAGGAGAAGGAGGAGGAGAUCAAGCAGGGAUUCUUAAAUGUGGACCUGGACCUUCAACACUUUUAAAGCACCGCGCUGUCCGCCGCUCCACACAGCCCCCUUAAUCCAACUGAACUGCAAAGUUUAACUUUUCCUGCAUCAAAAACCACUCUUUUUGAAAGGUACGCGUAGAAAACCACGGACUUUUGGACUUUCUUUUGCAACUUUUUAGGAAUUCUUUCUUUAAAAAAAAAACAAACAAAAAAGAAAAAUACCGGAUUCCAUAGCCUGACACGUAUUUAUUUACGCAAUUAACCGGGACUCAUAAUUAAAGUGUAUUGCGGUGGACUGAGAGACUUUAACACAGAAGUAAGCGCACGAUCUGUUGAAUGCAAUCGUACAUGUACGAGAAAGCGAUGGCAUCCGAAACGAGAAACGGCGGCAGUUCGACGUUCAACAACAACGGCACCGGCACAACCAGGAGGAAACUGUUGAUAGUCCUGGAUAUCAUCUGUCUUCUUUUAGCUGCCCUGCCUUUCCUGUUAGUCGAAACUAGCAUGAUCGAGCCGUAUCAACGCGGGUUUUACUGCAGUGACCAGUCCAUCCGGUAUCCUUAUAAAAACGGAGACACCAUAACCGAUGGCGUGCUCUCUGCCGCUGGCAUUCUUAUUGUCAUCGUCUCUAUUGUGAUUGGCGAGUGCUAUAGGAUCCGAUAUCUGAAUCAAGGUUCACUUUCCUUUGUGGGAAACCCGUACAUCUCCGCCCUUUACCGGCAAGUAGGCGUGUUUAUCUUCGGCUGCGCAGUGAGUCAGUCGUUCACGGACAUCGCAAAGGUGUCCGUGGGGCGCAUGAGACCACACUUUCUCGACCUGUGCAACCCGGAUUACACGCAAAUCAACUGCUCAGCUGGCUACAUUACCGACUAUGUGUGCAGGGGCGACCCCAGCAGGGUGCAGGAGGCCAGGAAAUCUUUCUUCUCUGGACAUGCCUCAUUUUCCAUGUACACCAUGCUGUAUCUAGCUUUCUACCUGCAGUCCCGGUUUACUUGGCGUGGCGCUCGUCUCCUGAGGCCGCUGGUGCAGUUCACUCUUCUGAUGAUGGCCUUUUACACUGGUCUGUCUCGUGUUUCGGACCAUAAGCACCAUCCCACUGAUGUGCUCGCUGGCUUUGUACAAGGGGCGCUGGUGGCAUACUGCAUAGUCUUCUAUGUUUCGGACCUGUUUAAACCCAAAAUUAAGACCGUCAGUCCUCCGCCAUCGCCGAUAAAGAAAGAACUCCUGCCCUCCGCUGACACCAUAGACAGAAACAACCAUCACAACAUGGUGUGAGAGGAGGAUUCGGGAGGAAACAUCCCUAGAAUUCCAUCAUACCUUUGAAGAACCUGAAGAGCCACCUGUGAAUGAAGAGACGCAGCAUUUUAACUGUUGCUGUCUCUUUCUCUCAUCUGACAGUAGAAUGUAGAGACAGGAAAUGGAGACUUUUUUUUGUUUGUUUUUGAGACUCUAUAUUUUUGUACUAUUACAAACCUUGCUGUUUCUUUUUUGAGCCCAAUUUAUGCAAGCUAAACAAUCACAAGAAAAGUCAUUCAUUUUUGGGAGGUUGUUCCCAAAGCAGCAGGAACUGAUUGAACCUUUGCAGUACUUUAAGACACCAUAUUAAUAAUGGGACAGAUGGAAAGCAAACCAAGUACUAAUGAAUGAAUGGAUGCAUGGUAAAUGAAUGAAAAGUGGAACUGUGAGGCUGACCUCUCUUUUUGUUUUUCUCUCUCUCUCACUCUUUUCUUUCCCCCUUUUCCUCUGUCUUGUCUCCAAGGCCUUUCGCCAGUAUAAGAAAACAAAUUCCUUAGUUAUAGGAAUGAUACUUUAUUACCUGCAAUGUUACUAGCACAGAUAUUUUAACAGUAUAAAGAAGAAUAACUUAUAGCACUAUAUCCGAUCAUUAUAAAUCGUCACCACUCGCUGUCUGGGCGGUAUAGCUCUGAGGAUGCUCGAUGAGGUUUAGUGUGUGGUAGACUGUAUACCAGUGAACUCUUACGCUGUGGUAUGUGAGGGUCCUGUAGAAUCAAGUUGUGGCCUUCACAUACCAUUAGGAUAUGCUGACACUCCAAAGCACUAGACCCAUCCCUGCUGUCCUAAGCUAUCCACACAGAAGCCUAGCUCUAAGGGAUGUUGCAUUUUACUGGGAUUUAAAGGGGGUGGGAUAGGGGAUGGGUUGUAGAAAAAAAGAUGUUGGUCACAUUUUAGUAGUGAACUGAAGAUGCCACCCAGCUGAAAGAGCAUGGCAGAGCCGUGCACCUGGAUCCAGUGGUUGUGAAUUGUCCUGAGAAGGAUGGAAUGGGACGGGAUGGGACACGAUGGGAUGGAGAGUCCUCUCGACUGCACUGGCUUGGCACGUUGCAUUUUGGAUGGCUGAACGAGUCUCUUCUGCUGGCUGGUAUGGAUUCUUCUCCCAUCCGAGCACAUAAUCACUCAACGGCAGUGCCAACUGUAUCUAAAGCCAGGGAUGGCGUUGAUUAAAUCGCCUGCCAGGACUCCCAUCCAACCCAUCAUGUUCAAGGUGUGGGGUCCCACCACAGUGCCACAUUUUUGUGUAUGUGUAUGAGUGUGUGUGAGUGAGAUACUUUGUAUGCGUGUGUCUCGUUGUGUUUCUGCACCUAGUCCUUGUCCCUGUGCCAGGGACUGUUACCAUGUGAAGAAAAAAAAAAAGAAAGAAAACUGUGGAUUUAUUUUCUGUUUUUUUCUUAUCUAAAAUAAUGUCUACUGUUCUCACUAACACCUGUACAGUGUUAUAUACGCAAAUAAACCGAUUAGUUUACAUGCCAUAGAGAGCAUCUACACAAUGCCAUACAUCCAACAUGUUGCACAUCCCUCACAUUGUCUAGUCCGUCCGUAUCAUUUCAGCAUUUUAUUUUAAAUAUAUAAAUAAUGUAUAGAUUACUAAAAUUAACUAUGUAAAAUAUUAUUUCUGAACAUAUUUAGAUAUAUCCACUAUAAAUAAAAAACAGUGUCAUGACCUGUGUUAUUUACAAAUUGCUGCUUCAACAAGCAUUGAUUGACAGAUUGUUUUGUAUUUAGCUUACUAAACUAUUGUAGAUUUGUCAUAUUAAUUUUUUUAAAAGAACUGCAUCUACAAAUGUAUCAAAGUUCACUAUUAGUAUUUUUGUAUUGUCUCAUUUUGUACAAAAGAAAUAAUAGCAAUUUUUUUUUUCUGCUAAUGUACCUAGAUCUAAUACAUGUGUUAUGGAAUAAAAAGAAAUGCUCAGUAUAAACAGAAA